UGAGAGACAGCUAACACAGGACAGAAUGAACUGAGUAACACCAACGCUGUUUUCUUUCUCUUUUUCAUUCAUUCGAAUUUGUUCUGUUUCUUGCAAUUGAAUUUGAGAAGCUUCAUCCAUUUUUUCUUUCUGGGCACCUACGAAUACCCCUGCAUCGCCCUGAAAGUGGUUCAGUUGGAACAACAAAAAGAUGUCGGCUCGAUUGAUGAAGAAGGUUCUGAACGAGCAACACCACCUUCAGCAACACGUGAGCGAAGAAGAAGAAGAAGAUAACGAUUCUGAGCCCAUCACUCGUUCCUCCAUCAACCCCUUUGACCUCCUUAACGACCAAGAUUCUGAACCCGAAAACCAGGAAAAUGAGUUGGCAUCCUCCCAUGAAACAUUGGUGAGUUAUGAUGAUAAAGAGGAGUCAUCUUCAUUGAAACCUACUGCUGAGGUUUCCACAUCAAAUCCAAAAUUGAAGAAAAAGAAAAAGAAGAAAACCAAGGAUAAUGCUGUUGCUGCAAAUAAAACGGCAGAUGAUAAAGAAUUAGAUUUGAUUCUAGAAGAUUUAUCUCUGAAUGUCAACUCGUCGGCUGAGCAACCUGUUUCUGCCAAAGACAAAAUUAAGUCUGUUAAACAGCAAGCAACCUCCGUAUUGAAAGUGGAUCCUAAAUAUUUGAAUGCUGAAAAUGAGCUGAGAAGAAUAUUCGGAUCCAAGGUUAUGAAAUCAUUUGAGAGCAGUAAUCAAGCGAGCAGUUCUAGGCAGAUGCGAGGGGUGAGGGGGCGUGUACAUUAUAAUCUUAGAAAGAGUGUUCUUGUCACUCCAUCAGACAAUUGGCUCCGCUGUGAUGACUCUUUGUCCAUGGAGUUUCUGGAGAUGAAAAAUGGACUUAACUACUUCAGAUAUGUACACUCGCCAUCUUACUCCCAAUCUCAGAGAGCAUUUGAAGCUGCCAAAGCAAUUAAUGACAUAAAUGGCAUAGCAAGCAUAUUACAGCACCGUCCUUAUCAUAUCGAUUCCCUUCUAACAAUGGCAGAAUAUUUUGCAGUGCUGGGUGAACAGCCGAUGUCUGCAGAUGCUAUUGCCAGGUGUCUAUAUGCCCUUGAAUGUGCAUGGCAUCCCAUGUUCAAUCCACUGCAGGGAAGUUGCCAGUUGAAGUUCAAGCAUGAUACAAACAAACCUAUAUUUGCAGCUCUUUUCACUCACAUGAAAAAUUUGAACAGGCGUGGCUGUCAUAGAUCUGCCUUAGAGGUCUGCAAAUUGUUGCUUUCCCUGGAUUCUGAUGAUCCCAUGGGGGCUAUUUUCUCCAUUGACUACUUUGCUUUAAGGGCUGAGGAGUAUGCAUGGCUGGAGAAGUUUUCUGAAGAAUAUAAAAGUGAUAACUCCAUUUGGUUGUUUCCAAACUUCUCUUAUUCCCUUGCCAUUUGUCGGUUUUACCUUGAGCGUGAGGCCUGCAAAGAUGAUGGUAUGAAUACUGAAAAGUCUUCUUCAUCUGAUCUUAUGAAACAAGCAUUGAUGCUUCAUCCUUCAGUCAUAAAGAAGCUAGUCGCCAAAGUACCAUUGAAAGAUCGCACAUGGACAGAUAUUCUCAACCAUGCCUUUUUCCGGUCAGAUCAAACUGGAAUUCCAUCUCUAGAUCACUUGAUUAAUAUAUAUGUUGAGAGAAAUUAUCUUAUAUGGAGGCUUCCUGAUCUGCAAAAACUUCUUAGUGGUGCCGCAAAAACAGUGAUUGAAACACUAGAAAGUAAUAAAAGUGAAGUUAAGGAUUGGGCUUGUGUCAGAAAAGAAGCAUUUUCGUCUGAGAAAAAUGAGUAUGGACAUUUGCUGGUAUCUGAUUUCUCUGAUUCACUUUCAUCAAUUCCUCGAGAAAAUCUUCAACAAUUUAUGGGUGUUCCAAGGAUGAUGGAGGACGGUAUGCAGGAUGAAAACCAAUUUGCUAAUCUUCCUGGUAAUGGCCAUGUUCCUCGUGGUGUUGCAAAUAGGAAUGCACUAGCUGUCUUAUUUGAGUCAAUGCUACCGUGGGUUACUUACGAAGAUAGAGAAGAUGGUGAACCUGAUGAUAUCCAACAUGACGAACACAGGCAAGACAAUCAAUGAUGCUGGAGGCAACUGGCCUUAUUGCUCAAAAGGCCUUUUUGAAUGGAGUGUUGAACUAAAUGAUGAGAUGGCUUUCUUGUACAGAGCGACGCCUAGGGAGCUUGAUGUCUUCUGCUACUAUGUCGAUCAUUGUCAACCAUGUGGGAACGCAUAAAAAUGCCAUAUAAUUUUGUGGUGUCUAAUUUUAGGGAUAUCCAUAUAAAAAUGUUAUACCAUUUUCAGAUGAUUUACUUUCAAUUUUUUGUCGCUGUUUUGAUAAUGUAAUGAUCACGAGUUUAAACAUGAUAUCAACAAUUUGAGGUCAAA